UUCAGUCAAGUCUUCUUGUAAUUGUGCCACAAAAUGUACAAGCUCUUUCGACUAGCCACCGAUACCAGAAAUUGAGCCUCGGCCCCAACAAAGUCAGCAAAAAAGAUUGCCAUCGCAUAGACCAUUUCCACGAAUUGAGAUACCGAGAAACAAGAUGACAGCGAUGCUCCAGCAAAUUCUUCAGAGCAGACUCGACGAGUCGAAUGCCUUGAAGACAAAGCAAUUGGUGAGUUUCGUACCCGUAACUACGGCGCUAUGCUUGUGAUGAUGGUCGUGCUUGUCUUCGAUGACGGAGAGAUUCUCAACUUGCUGAUGUCGACUUGCCUCGAUUUUGAUAAAAACUCAUUACAGGCGAAAAUCCAAGAGCUUGAAACGAGUUUGACCAACAGCUACACAGCAAUUCCGAAGCGACCUCGAGAAACCGUCAGGGAGCUUGACGACAGGAUCAAGUAAGUGAAUGAAGUGUGGCACGUGUGGUUAUUGCACAAUGUUGGGAACAUAGAUUUUGCCACGUUAUUGUUUCGCGCUCUCACAUUUCUUUUGCCUCGUCAUUCCAUGGUCAACACCAGCUCCCUGGAACGCGCGCGAACCAUCACAAGUAUUCCGCUUGCAGAGGAAAAGAAAAUCCUGAGCGAGAUGGCAAGCUUAACCAAGACGAAGCGAAAAGUUGAGGAGUACAACAAAACGAACGAGGAAAUCCAAUCGAUGAAGGUAAGAUCUUCGAUGUACUCUUUCUGUGGCUUGAACGAUUCGAUGUUUGGUAGUAUGAAAACUGAAGAAUUUCCUAUAUGAUUUUUUGCGCUUUCGCCUGUAUUCUCUUUCGUCUAAACCAAUUGAAUAUUGUUUCAUUUACCUUUGGAUAGAGAGAACUCGACAAUCUACGCGAAGAACUCAAGACAACUCGUACCGGAACGGAUGAGAUUCAGACGGCCCUCGAAAAAAUUAAGCUAGCUAACAAAUUAGAUUGUGGUACGGAUGAAGUAGAAGAGAAGGAUAUCGAUUGUCCAAGUGACAAAAUAGGAACGGUUAUUGGAAAGAAUGGAUCCAGCUUCAAGAGAAUACAGGAUACCUGCAAAGUUUUCUUGAAACUUGACAAAACGAAGGAAAAGAUAACAAUCGCUGGGAGUAAAGAAGCUAUAGAACGAGCCAUUAUGGAGAUCGAACGAAUAAUGCGAAGAGAGGAAAAAACCAUUACCAUCGAACGGAGACUCGUGAGGUACUUGACGGCGAAGUACGUCAACGUCUUUGAAAAAUUACAAACCGAAUACCCGGAUACAUGGCUAGAACUCUAUCGAAAAGACGGGAAGCUGCUGCUUCAUGGAGAUCCAAAGGAUUUGGCGGAGAUUGAGGGCAAGAUAUUUGGUUUGGAUCUAACAACUGAGAAACGACAGUGUAUUGGAAAAGAAAUCGGUACUAUUUUAGGCGAGAAGGGUAUCACAAUGGAUAGAUUGUGUUCGGAUUACUCGAUUGACAUCGAAAUCGACAAUAGCAAAAACAACAACAACUUGGACAGGAGCAAAAUGGUUGAUAUCAUUUUCACAGGGCCCCACGAUAUGGUUGAGGCCGCGUUAAACGAUGCUGAGAAACUAAUUCAUGACAACGGAGAUGCGUGUGAAACUAUUGGUAUCACUAGAAUAAUGGCAGAGUUACUUGUUGGACAGUCAGGUCGUUGUUUAAAGAAAAUUAAGAAAAGGCUCGCCAAACGUUUCCCUGGGGGAAAGUGGAUGCUCUUAGUAAAUAACAAGCCGAUCAAUCCGGAACUUCGACUUGAAGCGAAGAAAGCAGUGAUUUCUGAAGCACUUCAACUUGUACGCAAUGAGUUGAAGGUAUUCGAUGACCUCGUUGUUAAAUUCUCAGUCGAUCCUUGUGCGAUCCCCAGAAUUAUCGGGAAAAAAGGAAAAACAAUCAAACAAUUGAUUGAAGGAAAGCCCGCUUAUGUGCAAGUGGAAGCAAGUUCCAAUGAAGUUUGGUGUGCUGCGACUUCUGAAGAAGUUUUGACUAAUUUGAGAAAGGAGCUAAAUGAAAUCAUUGAAAAAAAUUCAAUCUUACGAGUACACGCAGAGCCAGCCUCAAUGAAGCAAUAUUUUCUGGAACUCACGCGACCAGAAUUUAAAAGAGAGAUGGAUAUAUGUUCGUUGGAUGCUGAUUAUUCUGAAUCUUGUUUUAUUCUCCGUGGCAGUAAGCAAGAUGUCGAGAAAACGAAGACUGUGAUUGAUGAUUACAUUCUUCAUAAUAAAAUUAGAGAAGUCCCGAUAACAGAUGAAGAACGGACAGCACUUCUCUCUGGUGGAAAGAAUAACAAGCUUGCACAACUCUCCAAUGAAAUGGGUGUCAAACUUCAUUUCAAUCGAGCAAAAUUUUGUGUAGUGUUGCGCGGAGAGCAAGGCAAAAUAGACGAAGCUACAAAAAAAUUGGACCAAUACCUUAAAGGCGGUGGCGAUUAUUGUUUGGCGAGACUUGAAAUCAACAAAAAAAUUAUUGGUUCAGUUAUCGGAAAAGGAGGAAAGAACCUGAAUCAGCUUCUUCAAAAAUAUGAUGGCUUGACGAUUGACGUUUCAAAGUCAUCAAAUGUUUUGACCAUCAGAGGUCUUAACGAUGAUGUAGCAGGUUGUAGGGUGGAGAUAGAGAAAAUUGUCGCGUCCGCACAAAUUAUGCAAAGUGUACCUAUGAGUGAGGAACAAAUGUCCACCUUGAAAAUGAAAGGGUACACGAAGAAAAUAUGCCAAGAAAUAGGUGUGACGAUGACAACCAAAGAAGACGAGGUUGUAGUAAGGGGCAGAUUCCAAAAUGUUCGUGAUGCUGUAUCCCUACUUAACGAAAUGUUGACGGGCGUAUACACGGCAUCGAUUGAAGUCGAUGCCUUGCAAUUUUCUAGGGUCAAUAAUGCCACACGUGAUCCCUCCCACUUCGAACGAAUGGAAAAGACUUUUGGGACGAAGGUCGAAAUUGAUGCAGAGACACAAUCCAUACUUAUCAGGGGUAAGCGCAGUGAUGUCGAAAGGACGAAGAACCAAAUGUACGGAUUCCUGGAUUUUGUUCUGCCGAAUCAACUAAAUCGAUUGAAGAUUGCGAAGCCUCUGUAUGAGUCUAUAGAUUCAGCUUCUGUGCUUAGCACAAUUUCCGCUGAAAUCAGUGGUGUAUCUAUCUAUCUAGAUCGAGACCUUGGUAUAAUUGUGAUCAGAUCCUCUGAUGAAUCAAAAGUGGAAAAGGCUACAGAACUGAUGAAUGUCAAAAUCAAAGAAGCUGAACGACUUACGUACGUUUUUGAACUUGAAAUCCUAGAUUCCUCUAUACUUCAGAUGAGUAUUGGUAAGAAAGGCGGUAUCAUUUCCGUCCUCAGAUCCAAUCAUCCAACUUGUAAGAUCGAUUUUUCGAUCAAGUCGCAAACAAUAACGAUACUUGGUGACUCUCCAGAGGUUCUUCAAGAAUGUCGCGAGGAUGUCGUCGCUUCCUUUGAAAAGGCUCGAAAGGAAAGUGUUCUCUUGUGUAUACCAGACGAAGAAUUGCCUCCCUUUUUUGGAAAGGGUGGAUCGCAUGUGAAAGGACUGGCUACAAAAUAUGGCGUGGAGAUUCGACAAGUUAGAACAGCUGAUCACAAUUUUGUUAUCGUAGGAGAAGAAUCAAGAGUGAGAGAGGCGAAAGAGGCGAUCGACAAAUGGUUAGCCUUACGAGAUGAAUCCAAUCCAGCGCUAAUUACAACAUUAACGUUGCAACGAGGAAAGGACAUUGCCACGAUUCUUGGGCAGAAAGGAGUAACUGCUCGUUCUCUUGAACAAGACUUUGACUGUAAGAUCCAAAUAGAUAAGAAAACGUUGAUCGUUACGGUAAGAGGUCAACAUGGAGAGAAACGAGAAGCCGCGGUGGAAAAAAUGAAGGAAUUGAUACAAAAUGAUCGUGACGCCUUCCGAGUUGAAUCAGAAUCAGCGCAAAUUGUAACACUCACAUUAGAACGAGGAAAUGACAUUGGCGCAAUUCUUGGGCAAAGGGGAGAGGUCGCUCGUUCUUUAGAAGAGGACUUCGAAUGUAAGAUUGACAUUGAUAAGAAAACAUUGAUCGUCAAGGUAAGAGGUCAAUGUGAAGAGCAACUCGAAGCUGUGGUGCAACAAAUGAAGGCAUUGAUAGGAGAUCGUAAUGAGAAAGACAACACUGGGUUUCUUGCCGCAACCAUUGAUGACGUCGAAAGGAGAGAAACUGCUGUCGACGGAUCUAAAGAGUCAUCAAACGCAAAAAAAUCAAGGCAGAGUGCUAAGAAAGAGAAUAAUGAAGAAGCUCACUUUCUUACGAAAACAAGAGGCGUUUCAAACGAGGUCUCAAAAAGUGGAGACGUCAAGAAAGAAAUCGAAGGUGAUGCACCGGUCAGCGAAGGUACAGAAACUGGAAAUAACUUGUUUGCUACACUCAUGUCGUAAAGUCAAAUCUAUCCAACAUAUUGGAGUUACUAUGCGUUUCAGAUCAAUUGAAUCAGGUAACAACUGGGUAUUUGAAGUAGUGAAAUUCAAAUUGAUAUUCAAAAAUGUGGUACAGAAUCUACAACGUUCUGCAGAGCUAUUUAGUUUGGAAAAUGCUGGGGGAAUAGAUACGAGGCUGGAUUCAUGAUGGACCUUGUGUCCCAUUUCGUUUUAGAAGAAUAAAAACAACGGCAGGGCUGGUAUUACUCGUGCUUGGAGCACUGUAAAAAUAAUUGAGUUAUGACUGUGGUACUCAACUGAUCUGAAACGUAUAUUGUCUGUCCACUACAAAUGAUUCUACUGAUAAGUGCUAGAUUUCCCUCGAAAACAAUCUGAGUGUCUAUCUACGUAUCAAACUAUAUCUCUAUUUUGGAAAAACUAUCCAAAAAGGGCCUGUGAGGCUGUUCGAAAAAGUGUCCACUGAGCAAUGACGCUGGCAAGCAUACAAACAACUGUUUGGGACUGACUACCAAAACACCAUCUGCUAUUGUUAGUACUUCCUCUCUGUGUUACCUAGCUGGCACUACUAAAUUAGUGUCUGCAGG